GCCUAGUCUAGUGAAAGCGAAUAUGAAAAAACAGCUCUUUUUUUAUUCGGGGGUUUAAAUCAGUCAUUUAGCAACGUGUGUUGUGUGUACAACUUGCACGACAACAAUUGAGCACCGUGACUCACUGACAGGAGAGUCCAAGUCAGCAUCGCUACCAUUCCUUUAACUGGGCAGACCGCUUUCUUGUGUCACUGCCUAGUGAGUGAAAAGUAAACAGGAACUCGCUGCUGGGUAAACGAAACAAGACCGACUGGGAUCAGUGGUUGAAUCUGUCGCGUUUAAAACCAAGCAGGACGCCGCAUGGAUCCCACCAAUCUACAGAAAGCUAUUGCUGUAGCACAGAAGGCCUCGCAGCAAGACCAGGACGGAAACUAUGAGGAGGCCAUCCUGUCCUACCAACAUGCUGUCAAGUACUUUCUGCACAUUUUGAAACGUGAACCCCAGGGAAAAGAUGGUAACCAGAAGAUCAGAGAUAAAUGCAAACAGUACCUGGACAGAGUGGAAGAACUACAGCAGUAUCUAGAGAAUAAGGAGAAAGCCAUCGAUCUUGCCAGCAAGGCGGCUCAGGAGGAUAAAGCUCAGAACUAUGAGGAGGCUCUGCGCUUGUACCAAGCUGCCGUUCAGUACUUCCUUCACGUGGUAAAAUAUGAAGCCCAGGGUGACAAAGCAAAACAGAGCAUCCGCGCAAAAUGUGCGGAAUACUUGGACAGAGCUGAGAAGUUGAAAGAGUAUCUGAAGAAGAAAGAGAAAGCUCCUCCUGCUAAGCCUGUGAAAGAGUCACAAUCUGAUGACAAAGGGAAUGAAAGCGAUGAGGGGGAUGAUCCAGAGAAAAAGAAGUUCCAAAACCAACUCUCAGGUGCAAUUGUUAUGGAGAAACCAAAUAUCAAAUGGAAUGAUGUUGCUGGUUUAGAGGGAGCAAAGGAGGCACUCAAAGAAGCUGUUAUUCUUCCUAUCAAAUUUCCCCACCUUUUCACAGGGAAGAGAACUCCAUGGAGGGGAAUCUUGCUCUUUGGGCCUCCAGGUACAGGAAAGUCCUACUUGGCCAAAGCUGUUGCAACAGAGGCAAACAACUCAGUCUUCUUCUCAAUAUCCUCAUCUGACCUCGUCUCCAAGUGGUUGGGGGAGAGUGAAAAAUUGGUGAAGAAUCUUUUCAGCCUUGCAAGGGAGAAUAAGCCAUCUAUCAUUUUCAUUGAUGAGAUCGACUCCCUUUGUGGCUCAAGAAGCGAGAAUGAGAGCGAAGCGGCUCGACGUAUUAAGACAGAGUUCCUGGUUCAGAUGCAGGGUGUGGGGAAUGACAAUGAGGGAGUGCUGGUCCUUGGGGCAACAAACAUACCAUGGACUCUGGACUCUGCCAUCAGAAGAAGAUUUGAGAAGAGGAUCUACAUCCCGCUGCCCGAAGAGCACGCCCGCUCUUUCAUGUUCAAACUCAACCUGGGAGCCACUCCGAACAGUCUCACCGAGUCUGACUUUGUCGCUCUGGGCAAGAAGACAGAUGGAUACUCGGGAGCAGAUGUCAGCAUCAUUGUCAGAGACGCUCUAAUGCAGCCUGUUCGAAAGGUCCAGUCAGCAACCCACUUCAAACGGGUACGAGGUCCAUCAAGAAACGACCCCAACGUAAUUGUAGAUGACCUCUUGACUCCUUGCUCACCUGGGGAUCCCAGCGCCAUUGAAAUGACAUGGAUGGAGGUUCCUGGGGAGAAGCUUCUGGAGCCUGUAGUGUGCAUGGCUGACAUGCUGAGGUCUCUGUCCAGCACAAAGCCAACAGUGAACGAGCAAGAUCUUGAGAAACUGAAAAAAUUCACAGAAGACUUUGGACAGGAAGGCUAGAGUGGAUAGUUGAUCCAGGCCAAACCAAAGCAAAGGAAUUGUGAUUGUGUGUCUUUACUGUCCUUGUCCCUUUUGUUCUCUGUCUCAUCCUAACCAUUCACUAGACUUUGUGGAUUAUCUAAGUGGGCGAGAUUACUGCUCUGGUUUCCCAAUCUGAUAACCACACAAAGGGUGGAAGACCUGGUUUUAUUUGAUAUUCACUUUUGUCCAAAGAAGAUUGAAGACAUCCCACGUUUAUUAAAGAAUCAACGGAAUAUAGGCAAAAACAGUUGUUUGACUCAUGCGCUAAAGUUACUGAGCAGAAUCAAGCAAGAUUAGAGAAACUAAUGGCAGACAUCUAAAAUAAUUAUUGCAAGUAAGACAGAAAUAAUUUAUUUUAAGGAAGGACCUGCUCUUGUGUUGUAAUAGUACACCUCACUCUAUUUUUAUCAUAAAAAAACAAGCAUUUUAUAGCGUACUAUAAAGAAUGUAUUAAUCCUGUGCAGGGCGAAGCAGAGCAUGCGUUCACAGAAUUGAUUUUGAUGAAACAUGUCAUUAUCUCCAGGUGGUGGACAUUGUAGAGUUAUGAGAUGGAGAUUGUCUGGACGAGAGCUCCAUUCUGCCCGGUGGCAACUUUGGAUUGUUUAUCCAGUUUCCAAACAAAUGACAACUGAAAUAUGUUUACACAUUUGUCAUUUGAGUGAAAAACAGUCGUCAGGGCAGAUAACCCAUGGUGCCGGACCAGCAUUGUGUUAACGUUUCUACAGUAGCUUUGUCACUCCUUGUUUUUUCACAUCUUAGUGUACAUAGUUUCCAUCACUAUCAUCAGACUUUAUUGAUUAUGCUAAAUACAUACUGCAAAAAAAACAAAACUAAAUAAAAAGACUAAGCCUUAUAUGAAAAAGCCACAUUGCAAAUUUUGACAGGACUGAGGUGUUGAAGCUGGACACUGAUGGCUCAGGUGUAGACAUGGUCAUCAUGUAUAUUCUACAACUUAGGAAUGCAUCUCCAACCGUCAAGUGGCAGUGUGCAACAUGUGCCUUCUAGAAAAGCUGCAAGAUUUGUUUUUUUUGUUUUUGUUUUUGUUUUUUUAAUUGGAUUGUUUCUAAAAUGAGUUUCACUCGUAUUAUAUCGUGCAUUGUCACUACAACUGAGAAAUGUAUAGCACUUGUACAUUUCGUGUAUGCUCCUUUAGAGAGUGUGUACAACUUUACUCUGUGCAAGCUGUCUCUUGUGAGUUUCCGAUGGGGAUCAUCUGUCUUUAUACUGUAAAUGUCUAUACAUACAUAUAUAAAGGCCUUUUUUUGUGAGGAGGUAAAUCAUGCAUAAAAUGUUCUCUUUUUUUUUUCCAUUUCCACAGUGUAAAUAAAAGUUAAAGCUGCAUUAAGAAAACCAA